UUUUGAAGCACAUCGACCAGUGCAGUCCACGGAGCGACGAUGAUGCAGCGCGCAACUGCACGACUCGCCGCUAACGCGCCCAAGCACGUCGCGACAUUCAGUGCUGCAGCAGAGACCCCACGUGGCGGUGUCAGCUCUGGAUCUGGCGCUAAAAUUGCAGGACGCUCUCGCUUUUACAAAGCUGUGGGCAUCGAAGCCGAAGGUGACGGGUACUGCAUCACGCUAGAUGGCAAGAAGGUGCGAACACCGAGUCGAUCGCUCCUGCAGCUCCCCACCAAGUCGCUGGCCGCCGCAGUCGCAAAGGAAUGGGAUGCCCAACAUGAAACGAUCCAGCCAACGACGAUGCCGAUCAUGACGUUGGCAUCGACGGCGCUGGACCAUUGGGACUUCGACUUUAUCAUUGAAGAAAUCAUGAAGUACUUGCAAACUGACACGAUCUGCUUUCCUGUGGAAAGCCAGCACCAGGAGAAGCUCGCGGCCCGCCAAGAGAAGAAGUGGCAGCCGCUGCGCAAGUGGUUCGAAACCGAGUUCGGAGGCGAGCUUGACAUUAACUACGGCACCAUCAACAAGUUGGAGCACAGUCCCGUGGCCGUCGAGAACGUCCGCGCGUUUGUGUACUCGAUGGACAAGUUCGAGUUGAUGGCAUUUCGACUGAUCGUUCGUGAAUGCAAGUCGAUGGUGGUUGCUCUGGCUCUGCUCAAGCGUCACAUCACGGCCAAGGAGGCGAUCGAGCUGGGUCGUCUCGAAGAAGAGUACCAGAUUGAACGAUGGGGCCUCGUCGAAGGCGGCCACGAUUUGGACCGCGUCAACUGCUCCGUGAACGUGCACAGUGCGUCCUUCUUUCUGUGGCUCUUGAACGAGCGAACGCCAUAGCGAGUCCAUCGCGACACGCAUUGGCAUAUCCCCAACCAUCCAAACAACACGAUGUUGACUAUAUCCUCGAGCGAGUAUGCACGAAAUCUAAACAGGAUGGAGCCAUUGGCAACGUCAAACGACACAGCAAUGGCUGAUGCAGCGUAUUGUCGUCACUCGGCACGGGAUCGCAGGCAAUGGCUGAAGAUUGCCUUGCAGGUGGUUGCGAUGCUC